AUGGGACAAGGCCAGGAAGCGGGACAGACUUAUACGCGGAGGUGUGUGUGCGAGCGAGAGGUGGGGGUCACAGCGUGGGUGCUUGGUUGGCUGAUGUGCAAGACGGUACCCUACGUCCAGGGGUUGUCAGUAGCUGCCUCGGUGUACAGUCUCGUCGCUGUAUCACUUGACAGGGAAAGCGUGUCCUUCUGGUGCGGUGGGCACAAACUUGACCCAAAUAUACCCAUUCUCCCCAUUAAAUCGACUCUUCAAUUGAAUUGGGAAAAUCUUUAA